CCGCUUUGUGUCGAGAAACCCGGUGACAACGUGUUGACGUCGCACUGCUGUUUUGUUGUUUCUGGAGAGUAUUUACUGUGGGGAGUGAUCCUUGUCCCCAGCCCCCUGCCCCUCCAACCGCCCCUCCCCCGCCCCUUCUGUCAAUAUUAGUCAGCUUUAGUCAAGUCCGUGGCGGCCAGCCGCACUAGAGAUCACGUGCAUACUGGGUAUGUUGAUCGAUGCCGACAGCAGAAGGUGAGGCGGUAGUGGUACCGGUGUGUUGCAGCGGAGGGAUACUGAUGGUGAUGCCAGCUUCACUAUGGACGGUAGCAUCGCAGGCCUUUACUCGGAUCACCGCUACUCCAGGAAAAAACAACAGCGGAUUACCAGUUCUAUAAUGUGUGACGUUGGGUGUACUUUUCGCAUCGUUAGAACAAUGCACAGGUGGAUAUGAGUGACAUUCAAAGACCGGAAGUGACGUGGUGGCAAGUCACGUGGGACGGCCGUGGAGUGCCCGGCGAAGACAUGUGGACGGAAAUGUGGACAAAGUAUCUUAUUCCAUGAAGAGGUCAUUGUGACCUUCUCGUGUGUAAGCACGUUCAGCGCCAACAAUGUUUGUGCCGCACGCGAGAGUUCGCCUCACUGGCGUCCCCGCACCCGGGCGCCGGAGACGUGGCGCUGCCAGGAGGCAAAGGGCAGCUAGGCGGAAGUUGAAACUAAAGGAGCAUCUACGCAUGCCUUGUCUCUUGCCAACUUGUGCUUCCUGUCUUUUCGGCUUGGUGGUGUUACUAGGUGGCGCUGCCAUGUCACUGGUGGGUUACCACCCUAUGUUUGCAGAUGGACACGAUCCCCGUGGUAAUCACACAGUGACCACGACAGAGGGCAGUGUGACAUUGAGGUACACCAUGUAUCGACAUCCAGGCAUCAAGGCUCUAUCAUAUCUGGGUCCUAUAUUCAUGGGAUGCGGAUUAUUCAUUAUGAUAAUUGCAGGUGUUCUCUAUUGUGAAAUAAUUGAUAAAUAUGUAAAUAUUGAACAAGAAAAAACAUUGAAAUUACCCAAAGAGGAAUUAUAUGAGAUAAUCAUAAACGAGCUGAGGAAGAAUUAUUUUCGGGGUAUAGAAGUUCCGUUGCCAAAUAUUAAUGGUGAACGCCCGCGGAGUAAUUCAAUAAAGAAGACGUUGUUUAAAGCGCUAAGCAUCAGCACACCCGCUUUACUGCUGACUCCGGAGAUCAGCCGUCGGUGGCAGAAGAGGACUAACAUGCUGUCCCGCAAAUACCAGGAGGAAGUGCAGGAGAAGAUCAAGUUAAAACUAUUUCCGACUGGGGAUACGUGGGUCAAGACUUCCUCGCUGCCCAACAUUACACCGAAGGAAGAGUCAGUGAAGCAGGAGGCUCCGUGUGAUGAUGUUGUGUCUGCAAAAUACCUGGAGACAAAGCGGAUCUCUAGGAGUUGUGGAAAUGUGACCGAUAUAUUCUCAGAAACUGCGGAUAAUUCUCAUUUGUCUUCAUCAUGCUUCGACAACCCCGCGUACAUCCCCGACAUGGAUAAAACUAAAGUCAUUGCUUUGGUAAGAGAACACUGCAAACAGCUCGUUAGGUCAACCGAGAGUAAGUGCAGUGUUCGAUGGAAGGAUGAGCGCGGAAGUGACGUCAAUAUACGUGCGCGGCAUCCCUUAGCAACUAAGGAGGAAUUACGUUUGUUUGAUUCUGUUGAUGAAGGCAGUAGGUUGUGUGUCGGAUCUACCCCGUCGCUGAAAGAGGUGCAGAACCAUCCACUACAGUCGUCGUCGUUGGAGUGUGAUGAGUUGAACGGAGACUCGGACGUUGAGGUUGGCCGAGCAAAUUGCAUUACUAAGCACGUGUCUGUGAUAAUACAUAAAGCCUCCGUACAUCAACCAGAUGACAGGAAUGACGUCACUAAUAUGCAAAGGAAUUCUGGGAAAUCUUAUUUCAGCGAUAGUGACCGAAGGUCUGGUAAUGACCAGCUUGAAGUGAACUGGUCCGACAGGAGUAGCAGUGGGAUUGGCGAGGGGGGGCACUUCCGGCCGCCCAACUCACCUAAUCACUCGAUACUUCCGGUGGAGGACGAAGCAGACUCCGAUUCCUUUUCUCUCUCUAAUGUCCUGCACCACGUCGAUAUGUCUCGAGUCACGCAUCUAUAACGUUGUACAUAUGUUACCUUGAAGUCAUUAUGUUUUACCAUUUUCUCCGAACACAUAUCAAUCACCAGGAACUGUGAUGUACACGUCUCUCCAAGGCAGCAGGGCGACCAAUAUUAACAUAUGUACAUAGCAGCACGUUUUAUAUUGUUCUGUAUGUAUUUUCACGUGUCCUUGGAGCUUCUUCAGCAUCGGAUCACAGAUCCAGUUUGAAUUUAGUUUCAAAUAAUUGUUUAAAAGAAACCAGGAAACCAAGCAGUGAGUGAGUGAGUGAGAAGGAUUUACGCCGGUUUUAGCAAUAUUCCAGCAAUAGACACCGAGAAUAGGCUUCACACACUGUAUUCUGGUCUACGGUUUAUCGAUAGAACACUUUAAUGAGUGAGUAUGAUUUUACGCCAUAUUUAGCAAUAUUCCAGCAAUAUCACGGCGGGGGACACCGGAAA